AAAAAGUGCUGUUGUGUGGCUAGUGGCGGUAUAAAGUGGUGAGCGAGCGCGCGCGCGCGGGCGGGCGGGAGAGAGAGAGAUUAUAAAGCAGGGCAGGAAAAGCCCCGGGGGGGAUGCGGAUAUGGCGGACGCCAAGCAGAAGCGGAACGAGCAGUUGAAGCGAUGGCUGGGUUCGGAGACGGACCUGGAGCCGCCGGUCCUGAAGAAGAAGAAGACGAAGGUGAAGUUCGACGAGGGCGCUGUGUUCCUGGCCGCCUGCUCGAGCGGAGACACCGAGGAGGUGCUGCGGCUGCUGGAGCGCGGAGCCGACAUCAACUACGCUAAUGUGGACGGGCUAACGGCGCUGCACCAGGCGUGUAUAGACGAUAACGUGGACAUGGUGACGUUCCUGGUGGAACACGGUGCCUGUAUCAAUCAGCCGGAUAACGAGGGAUGGAUCCCCCUGCACGCCGCCGCUUCCUGUGGCUACAUGGACAUCGCAGAGUAUUUGAUCAGUCAGGGUGCGAAUGUGGGCGUGGUUAACAGUGAGGGAGAGACACCACUGGACAUCGCAGAGGAAGAACCCAUGGAGGAGCUGCUGAAAAACGAAAUCAACCGGCAAGGUGUGGAUAUCGAGGCAGCGAGGAAGGAGGAGGAGCGCAUCAUGCUACGUGACGCACGUCAGUGGCUAAACAGCGGGCAAAUAAACGACGUCCGGCACGCCAAGUCAGGAGGAACCGCACUGCACGUCGCCGCCGCGAAAGGCUACACUGAAGUUUUAAAGCUUUUAAUCCAGGCAGGUUAUGAUGUAAAUAUUAAAGACUAUGACGGCUGGACUCCUCUUCAUGCUGCUGCUCACUGGGGGAAGGAUGAAGCCUGCAGGAUCCUGGUGGAGAACCUGUGUGACAUGGACAUCGUUAAUAAAGUGGGUCAGACGGCGUUCGAUGUUGCUGAUGAAGAUGUUUUGGGAUAUUUAGAAGAGUUACAGAAGAAACAGAAUCUGCUGAUGAGUGAGAAGAAAGUCAGUAAGAAAUCUCCUUUGAUAGAGACCACCCCUACAGCGGAUAAUAACCAGUCCACUAAACCGGCCGUGAAGAGUAAGGAGACCCUGUUACUGGAGGUGGAGAAGAACGCUCCUCACAUCGAGAACCUGGAGACGGAGAAAGCUGAUGAGGAAGAGGAGGGGAAGAAGGAUGAGUCCAGCUGCUCCAGUGAGGAAGAGGAUGAAGACGACUCGGAGUCUGAGAAUGAAGCAGAUAAAACCAAAUCAGCCGCUCCGGUCAGCAACUCCACCAGUGGUGUCCCCGCCCCCACCACCAUCCCAGUCUCCGCCUCCAGCAACACUCCAGCCACGCCCACCUCACCUGUCAAAAAGGUGAAUAUACCUGCAGGAAAAGUGUCCUCUAAAGAGGAAGAGAGGAAGGACGAGUCUCCAGCGUCCUGGAGACUGGGCCUGAGGAAGACGGGGAGUUACGGAGCCCUGGCCGAGAUCAGCGCCACUAAAGAGGCUCAGAAGGAGAAAGACCCGAGCGGGGUGAUGCGCUCAGCCUCGUCGCCUCGCCUCACCUCCUCACUGGAUAACAAGGACAAGGAGAAGGAGAAGGAGAAGUCUCUGGCAUACGUGGCUCCAACUUUCCCCAGAAGACACCCGAGUGUAUCAGACAUCGAUGAGAAAGAGAACAGGGACUCGGCGGCUAGUCUGGUGCGCAGUGGUUCCUACACGCGAAGACGCUGGGAUGAAGAUCUGAAGAACAACGACACAACCCCCUUGAACCGAACAUCUAGCUACCAGCGCAGCACGUCACACACUUUAACACUCGGCCGAAGCAGCAGCUCUCGCGAUCUUCCUGCAAAAUCGUCUUCGGCUUCCAGUCUGGAUCCUAACAGCACUAAAGCCUCACCGUCCUACUACCAGUCAUACAACAUACACCGCAGCGGAUCGUUUGGAAGGAGGCAAGACGACGCUGUGAGCUCCACUGUUACCACGACGACAAGCUCCACCUCCACUACCACUAUUACCUCACCUACAGGACACCGCAGUGUGUCCAGGUAUUGGUCCGAGGAUGGUGUUGAGAAAGAGAAGGAGUCGGCGACUGUAAUCCCCACCAUUAACACUGCAGGCACCACCACCACCACACACACUACUGCAGGAGACGGCAGAGAGAGACGCAGAUCAUACCUCACUCCUGUACGUGAUGAAGAGUCCGAGUCUCAGAGGAAAGCUCGAUCUCGACAGGCUCGACAGUCCAGAAGGUCCACACAGGGCGUGACCUUAACUGACCUCCAGGAGGCGGAGAAGACCAUGGGACGCAAUCGUCCGACCCGUUCCCGAGAGGAGGAGAAGGAAAAGGAAGAGAAGGAAAAGCAGGACAAAGAGAAGCAGGAGGAGAAGAAGGAGGUGGAGACGAAGGAGGACGACUAUCGAUCACGCUAUCGCUUCGACGAGCAGCGUUACCGCACCCCCUCAUUGAGUUCAUCCACUUCCACCACUGCGCCGUCGUCCUCGGUCACUUCAUCCCUUUAUACUUCCUCCUCUUCUUCCUCGCUGAACCGCCCUGACAGCCUGAGUGGAAUCACGCCCAGCUACAGGAGCUCCUCCCGCGACACUGAGAAAGAUAAGAAAGAAGAGGAGAAGGAGGGAGAGGAUAAAACUCAAGCCCGUUCUAUACGUGAUCGCAGACGGCCUCGAGAGAAACGCCGCUCUACUGGAGUCCCGUUCUGGACACAAGAUAGCGAUGAGAACGACCCGGAACAGCACUCGGACUCGGAGGAAGGAAGCACUAAAGCAGAACCUCAGAGUGAAAGACUCUCGAGAAACGACAGCGUGUCCUCCGGUUCGUCCCUCGCUGAUCGUUAUGAGCACAGAGAGAGCCGUCGGGCAUAUUCACGCUUCGACAGAGACGACAACACUGACUACAAGAAGCUUUAUGAACAGAUCCAAGCUGAAAAUGAGAAGCUGAAGUCUCAGUUACGUGACACGCAUCUGGAGCUGGAUGACCUGAAGCGGCAGCUGGAGAAGGCCACACAGGUGAGGGGAUUACAGAGACAGGAGCGCUUUGCUGAUAGAUCACAGCUGGAGAUGGAGAAAAGGGAAAGACGAGCUCUAGAAAGAAAGAUCUCUGAGAUGGAAGAGGAGCUGAAGACGUUACCCGACUUGAAGGCAGAUAACCAGAGGCUAAAGGACGAGAACGGCGCUCUGAUCCGAGUCAUUAGUAAACUUUCAAAGUAGAGCAGCGCCCCCUGUGUUCAGCGUAGGGCAUUACACGCUGAGAACCCCAUUACAGCAAACACGCAACAAAAACACAUCCAUCCUCCUCUCUCUCUCUCUCUCUACACAUCCCCUAACCACUCACUUCCUCCCUCCAUGUUUGGUCUGGCUGCUGCAACACACACACACACACACACACACAGUUUACAGGGCGGAGCGACAGCUUUAACCUACACGCCUACGUUUGUACAGAAAAAAGGAAAUAAAGAAAGUUUAUUGGUGCCACAAACUUUCCUUUAUUUUCCUCCUCCUUCCUGUGUAGUGAGUGCAUCUCUCUCUCUCUCUCCCUCCUCCUCCCUGUCUCUCGCCCCUUCCUCCUCCUCCCUUUUUUAUCCUCUCUUUCAUGUCGAAGCCCCGCCCCCUUUUCUCCCUCUGUAGUACUGUUUCUCCACAGCAGAUUUCCCAGCAUUCAGCAGUGUUGGUGCACGAAACCUGAACCUGAUCCCCCUCCUUCCUCCCUCCCUCUCUCUCUCUCUCACACACACACACACACACACACACACCCCUCUGUGUGAGUUCUGGUGGAAUGUUGAGCUUUCCCUGAAUGUGCAAUACGCCUCUGUUCCUUUAUAAACAUCGCUUAAACCGGCUGUAGGAAGAAAAGUUCUCUCCUUCUCCUUCCUCUCUUUCUUUUGACUUUCUCCUCCCUCCAUUUUUCAUUUUGUGUGUUUUUCUCCUCCUUCCUCCUCACUUCCUGUCCCCCCCCCACCAUGCCGUUAGUAGUGUGUGUAGUGUUCAGGCGGUGGUGUAUAAUUAAUCCUCACGGUGUUUUUAGCAGGUACUGAGUGAAGCUGUAUAUAAACCUGUACGUAUCGUAUUUGAGACGAGCACAUGGCAUGCGUUGACGCUUUUCUCCGUCUGUUACUGUUCGAAUAUCGCAGCUCCAGCGGACGAAAGUGUGUUUUAAAUAUUUUGUUUGUUUUUUGUUUUAUAGUGCUGUUGAAUAACGGUAGUGCCGCCGCCCCUCGUAUCGUAUUGGGGGAGGGGCUCCAGUGCAUCCUUUUUCAGUUUUAAAGAGAAAUAAAUAUUCACCGUAAUUGUGACAUAAGAAUAAUAUAAUACAACUUCACUACUUUUCACACGCGUUGAGUGCUCUUCUUUAUUUUAUUUUAUUUUAUUUUAUUUCCUCCUCAGUGCUGUUAGUAUUAGCCGAGGCGUCAUCACUAAAAAUGAAAGCCUAGAUAUCGCUAACCCCAGUCCUUCCUCCCUUUCUUUCUGUCUGUCUUCUUUAUUUGAAGUAAAACCCAUCCUCCACAUGCACUGUCCACGCCAUGGCCGGAGUCUCGUGUCCAUCUGUUUUACUGAGAGUCAGAGCGAAUGAGAUUUUAUGCAUUUCAGUGGCCUUUUAAAAUGAAAAUGCUGUAGUUUAAAGAGAAGAGCAGGGAAAAGACUCUGUUGGACUCUCCUCUUUGGUUUAGGUUUUAAACUUUUUGUUGGUUUUUAUGAUUUGUUUUUUCCUUCCUUUUUUUUUUUUUUUAUAUCCCAUCAUCAUUGUAAAAUAGAUGUGUGGCUUCCUACAUGCGAGCUGUGCUGUGACUACAACCACUGAGAGUUCAAAUAAAGUUGUACAUUGUAAAAACUC